AUGCGUUUCCUUCUUCACCGAGCCGUUCUCUCUUUCAACAUCCGCCAUUUCUCUUCCAACGUUAAGCAUCCUCGUCUUCCAAAUCUCUCCAAGAUCUCCUUCAAACACAGACGUCAAGCGAUUCAAGAAGCACAGGAAGCUCUCACCGAUUACCUUCACUCAACCAGAUCUCUUUCAUUCACUUACGCCGAACAAAUCAGCAAAAACUCACUCGUUUCACUCUCUUCAGUCAUCUCCGAAGUCAAAUUUACUCCUUCUACAUUCUCCAAUUCAUUUGGUAGAUUCCUAAGGUAUCAUCCAAUUAACGAGUUUGAAUUUUUCUACGAGAGUAUAGGUAUUAAUCAUAACGAAAUCAGUUUGAUUUUACCGGAAAAUAAGUUUUUCCUUCAUGAAGAUCCAACUGUACUGAAUGCAGCUUGUGCUUUAUCGGAAUUUGGGUUUCCUUGGAAUAAGUUGGGGAGUUUGUAUAAGGAACAAGUUUCUAUUUUUAAUCAAAACCCUGAUGAAUUAACUAAGAAGUUAGUUGGGUUUAGGAGUUAUGGACUUAAUACUGCUGCUGUGAUUGGUAUUUGUUUGGUUUUUUCGCGUGUUUUGAUUGGGGAAGAUGAGUUAGUAAGUGAUUUGAUUAAACUGAUUAUAGAUUUUGAUUUGAUGAGUUCGUUUGAGAACAAUGUGAUUGUUUGGUGCGAAGUUUGUAGGAAGAUUAAGGUGUUUUAUGAUUUGGGUUGUGAAAAGGGGGGAAUUGGGGAGUUGUUGGGGAGGAGUAAAACCAUUUUUGUUGAUUUCUCGGAAGAGGUUUUGGUUCAGAAUGUUGAGUUCUUCUGUAAAUUAGGUAUUGAAAGGAAAGAAGCUGGUUUGUUUCUUCUUGAGAGACCGGAAAUCUUUCGUUUUGAUUUGAAGGAGAAAGUGAUUUCAGUUGCAGGUCUUCUGAAACACUUUGGGAUGAAUUCUGAUGAAAUAGAAUCGGUUCUCGAGAAAUUUCCCUAUAUUUUGGGGAGAAACAGUAUGCAGAAUCUGCCUCAAAUCAUGAGAGCUUUGAAUUUAAAUGAAUGGUUUUACAGUAAGAUUACAAAGGAGGAGGAUUAUCAUCUACUUGGAACUUAUGCCAUUACUGAUUCUGACCAAGACAUGGAUAGAAACUACAUAGAAGCUCUAGAAAAGAUAAGAUUAUCGAAAAACCAUAUUCACUACGAAUGCAAGUUGGAAUUUCUUCACGGAAUUGGUUUUGGGGAAAACAAAUUAACAAUGUGCGUACUAAACGGGCUUCAUGGAACUGGGCGAGAGUUAAAAGAACGAUUUGAUUGCAUGAUCAGACAAGGGUUUUGUUUCUCGAGACUUUGUAAAAUGUUGAAUUUCACUCCAAAGCUUUUGAACCAGAAUUCUGAGAUUCUCGAGAAGAAGAUAAAGUUUCUUUCUUUUGAAAUGGGUACAUCGGCGCAGUAUCUUGACGCGUUUCCUGCAUUUCUAUGUUAUGAUUUGGAGAAACGGAUACAACCCAGGUAUAAAUUUCAUAUGUGGCUUACGGAUACCGGUUUGUGCACUAAAAAUUACUCUCUUGCUAGUUUGAUUGCAACUAGCGAGAAGAAUUUUAUAGCUCGAAUUUCUAAUAUUCAUCCUGCUGCUCCGAAAAUGUGGUUAGAGUGUUUUAAAUUGAAAUCUUAAGUUAAUUGUUCUACUACAUUUGUUGUAUUAUCAUAACCCAUGAGAGUAGUUAUUUUGAAUUGGAUUAUU